UUUAGAAUGCCAGUUGCAGGCUAUGAAUUAGCAUCUUCUGAGAUCAUCUUUUUUGUUAACUUGAUUGAAAUGACUCAAAAGAUACAAAUUGUGUUAGUACAACUAUAUAAGUAAUCAAUAUCUGAAGUCUCAAUGUGACAUGGACAUUAACAGUGAUGACAGAUAAAUACAGAUGCUUGGGAAUCAACUAGGCGAAACACAUUCUAAAAGUGUAUUGGGCUUUUAAGAAACAAAUCUGCAGGAUCCUGUUGGUCUUAAUACUGGCUUGAAACUCUGCAAAAGGAAUUUAAAGAGGUUCUAGUAUUCUCCAUGGCUGGCGCUGAGAGUCUGAAACCCUGAUGCUUAAGCUCUAUUCUGUAGAUCAUAGCUCCAACUCCAUCAGGAUAUAAGGAAAAGAGAUAAUAUUUCCACAAUGAUAGAUCUUUGGUUGUACAGGUUUCCCAAUGAGUGGAUCAUGAUGACCGUAUUGUAGGGACUUGCCAUAGUAUGGCUGCUUCCCGAUCUACUCGUGUUACAAGAUCAACAGUGGGGUUAAACGGCUUGGAUGAAUCUUUUUGUGGUAGAACUUUAAGGAAUCGUAGCAUUGCUCACCCGGAAGAGAUCUCUUCUCAUUCUCAAGUACGAUCAAGAUCACCAAAGAAGAGACCAGAGCCUGUGCAGAUUCAGAAAGGAAAUAAUAAUAAUGGAAGAACCACUGAUUUAAAACAGCAAAGUACUCGAGAAUCAUGGGUAAGCCCUAGGAAAAGAGGACUUUCUUCUUCAGAAAAGGAUAACAUAGAAAGGCAGGCUCUAGAAAAUUGUGAGAGAAGGCCAACAGAACCUGUAUCACCAGUUUUAAAAAGAAUUAAGCGUUGUCUUAGAUCUGAAGCACCAAACAGUUCAGAAGAAGAUUCACCUGUAAAGUCAGACAAGGAGUCAGUAGAACAGAGGAGGACAGUAGUGGACAAUGAUGCAGAGUUUCAAGGGACUAAACGAGCUUGUCGAUGUCUUAUACUGGAUGAUUGUGAGAAAAGGGAAAUUAAAAAGGUGAAUAUCAGUGAGGAAGGGCCACUUAAUUCUGCAGUAGUUGAAGAAAUCACAGGCUAUUUGGCUGUCAAUGGUGUUGAUGACAGUGAUUCAGCUGUUAUAAACUGUGAUGACUGUCAGCCUGAUGGGAACACUAAACAAAAUAGCACUGGUUCCUAUAUGUUGCAGGAAAAAUCGGUAGCUGGAAAUGGGGAUUCGGAAACCCAAACUUCAAUGUUCCUUGAUAGUAGGAAGGAUGACAGUUAUAUAGACCAUAACGUGCCUUGCACAAAUUCAGAAGUGCAGGUCAAGUUGGAGGACCACAAAACAGUAACUGCCUGCCCGCCUGUGGAACAUGUUAAUCAGCUGACUACUGAGCCAGCUUCAGGCCCUAUUUCUGAAAUUCAGUCAUCUUUAAGGGAUUCUGAGGAGGAAGUAGAUGUGGUGGGAGAUAAUAGUGCCUCAAAAGAGCAGUGUAAUGAAAACACCAGUAACAUCUUGGACACAGCUAUUGAGAGUAUUCCAGUCUCUGGAGAACCAGAACAAUCUUCUGUUCUAGACUGCGUUUCAUCUCCAGUGAUGUCUUUAUCAGAACCUCAGGAGCAUCGCUAUACUCUGAGAACUUCACCACGAAGGGCGGCCCCUACCAGAGGUAGUCCCACUAAAAGCAGUUCUCCUUGCAGAGAAAAUGGACAAUUUGAGGAGAAUAAUCUUAGUUCCAAUGAAACAAAUACAACUGUUAGUGAUAAUGUAAGUGAGUCUCCCACAAAUCCUGAUGAUGUUUCUCAAAAUGAAAAGGUUAUGUGUUGUGGCUCUCAAAACUAUGGAAGUGAAGGACUAAGUAAACCAUCCUCAGAGGCAAGACUCAGUAUUGGACAUUUACCAUCUGCCAAAGAGAGUGCCAAUCAGCACAUUGCAGAAGAGGAAGAUGAUGAUCCUGAUGUUUAUUACUUUGAAUCAGAUCAUGUGGCACUGAAACACAACAAAGA